GCCAGCAUUUAGAGGCAGUUUUUGUGAAAUUACGCAUUGCAACAGUAGUCCCUGUCCUCAUGGAAAACACUGUCACGCGUCAGCACACCAUCCCUUCUACAAAUGUGUUUGCCCGGAGGGGUACACAGGAGAACAUUGUCAAGAUCGUAAUGCGUGCUUAAGUGAUCCAUGCCAGAACGGAGCAACGUGUCACGUGACGGCAACUGCGCCAUAUUUCACGUGCGAAUGCAAACAAUGGAACAUAGGCAAUCUAUGUGAAGAUACGCAUUGCAACAGUAAUCCUUGUCCGCUUGGACUACACUGUCACCCGGCACCCCACGACCCCUUCUACGGAUGUAAUUGUCCGACGGGACACACAGGAAUACAAUGUCAAGGGCAUUGUUCGAGUCAGCCAUGCAUGCAUGGUGGGAGCUGUCAACCUUCACAAACGAGCCCAUUUUACAGUUGUAAUUGCACAUCGGGAUAUACGGGACCUCAAUGCCAGAGCACGCACUGCUCUAGUGACCCGUGUCACCAUGGUGGGAACUGUCAACCGACCCAAACGAGCCCAUUUUACAGUUGUAAUUGCACAUCGGGGUAUUCGGGACCUCAAUGCCAGAGCAGUAACUGCUCGAGUGACCCGUGUCACCAUGGUGGGAGCUGUAAACCUUCCCAAACGUUCCCAUUUUACAGUUGUAAUUGCACAUCGGGAUUUACGGGACCUCAAUGCCAGAUCUCGCCUUGCGCAAGUAACCCGUGCGGUGCUCAUGGAGUUUGUCACGUGUCGAUUAAAGACCCUUUUUACAGGUGUAAUUGCAAUGCGGGUUAUCUAGGUCAUAACUGUCACCAAUACAAGUGUGAUGAGUUGCCAUGUAAUAAUGGAGGCACGUGUGUUCCGGUCGACCAAUCUCCACAUUACAAUUGCACGUGUGCGGCGGGGUACUAUCGACACGCCUGCGAUAAAUUCAAGUGUGAUGAGUUGCCAUGUAAUAAUGGAGGCACGUGUGUUCCGGUCGACCACGCUCCAUAUUACAAUUGCACGUGUGCGGCGGGGUACCAUGGACACGACUGCCAUCGUUUAAAUCAUCACCAAAUAUCGCAUGUAACUCAACAACCAUCGACAACCACAACAUCCACUGCGCAAAGUAACGUGCCACCAUCGACAACCACAGCCCCCAUUGCGCAAAGUAACGUGCCACCAUCGACAACCACAGCCACAAUUGCGCAAAGUAAUGGAACAUAUCAACUACAUUCAUCACAGACAGGUGCAAAUGUAUGCUUGGAAUGCACAGACGCUGUUUCGCCACACACGUGUACCAGGGUUACUAUAUGUGGUUCACACGAGAGCUGCUACAUUGAUGCCUACAUAACAACGAUUGGAAGCACAAGAUACGAAAUGGGAUGCCGCGACAAACAGCAAUGCAGUGUUCAUAUUGGCCAAAGAAGUAGUUUCCAAGGGGUCGUCCGCGAUGAGGUCUUCUCGCAACAUACUUUACGAAACACGCUGGAGGGGACCGUCUCAAAACCCUUAAACACAUCUGAUGAUGAUUUGUCAACUCUGAUCUGCUCGCAAUGCUGUGACGGUGAAUUGUGUAAUGCUGGUGGAUGUGGCUUCACUGGUUUUCCUGACCUCACAACCGGCUCUCGGGGUCCAAUGUGUUUUGCCUGCGACCAACAAUCCCAAGUGGACGACUGUAACACAAUCCGGACAUGCAGCCGGGAUGAGGUAUGCUCCAUCAUGCAAUACCUGUCACCAGUCAAUCACCAAAAACUGUGGAAAACAACGUGUAUACAUGAGCAGGAUUGUCCUGGACUUCACAGAAGCUCACCUUCUUUAAUGGGCAAGAGGGAUGUUAUUGUGUCGACACAAGGCUCUCCAUGCCAUACGGCAUGUUGCAAAUCUGAUAUCUGUAAUCGGGUGUGUCCUAACUAGCCAAUAUUUCAUCGAACCUACUGGUAACCGGAAGGACAGCGAUGUCCUUACGUUAUUGUGAACAUGUGUACUACCAUACUUCUGCUAACCCUUUUUAUGUAUUUGCAAUAACAUCUUAUAAUUAUAUUCAAUAAAAUGAGUACAAUAAA